UUCGGGUUCGAUCACUACGUGGCAGCAGAGAGAGAGAUUUCAGAUCUGGAAAUCAGGAGCAGGAAAGCAAAGGGAGAGCGAGCGAGAGAGGGAAACAAGGGAACUGGUGCGGAUCCACACGCUAAAUACACCACCCUGUUGAAGAUCUGUUCUACAAUUUUUGAAGAUGAAACAUUUGGCUGUAUAUCUGUUGGCGUUCUGGUGCUAUAUAUGGCAAACACAGGCUGAAUUCUUCACAUCAAUAGGUCAGAUGACGGACUUGAUUUAUAUCGAAAAAGACCUGGUGAAAUCGCUGAAAGAAUAUAUAAAGGCAGAAGAGAGUAAAUUAACAGAAAUUAAAAGUUGGGCUGAAAAGCUGAAUCAACUGACACACAUAUCAACUUCUGACCCAGAAGGAUAUCUGGGUCAUCCAGUGAAUGCAUACAAACUCAUGAAGCGGUUGAACACAGAAUGGCUAAAACUAGAGAGCUUGGUUCUGCAGCAAACUUCUGAUGCGUUUAUUGCUAAUCUGUCGAUCCAGAGGGAGAACUUUCCCACUGAUGAAGAUGAGAGUGGAGCUGGGAAAGCCAUCAUGCGUUUGCAGGACACCUACAGACUGGAUUCCGAAAGUAUUUCCAAGGGCAGGCUGCCAGGUGCACAGCAUAUUGUCCCUCUGACGGUUGACGAUUGCUUUGAGCUGGGGAAGAUAGCAUACAAUGAUGCAGAUUACUACCACACUGUACUGUGGAUGCAGCAAGCCCUCAAACAGCUGGAAGAAGGGGAGCCCAGUGUCUUAACCCAGGCCGAAGCUUUGGAUUAUCUCAGCUACUCCGUGUACCAGAUGGGCGAUAUCCAGCGUGCUAUUGAUCUGACAAAGCGUCUCAUCGCAGUUGAUCCAACACACUUAAGAGCCCAAAGUAACCUCCAUUACUUUAAGAACUUUUUGCAUGAAGAGGGGCAAAGUGAUCAAGCAAGAAAAGAUGAUUACUAUCAAUCCCAGUCAAAGGAGGAAGUCUACAUGCGCCCAGAAAACUAUUUAACUGAACGUGAUUCUUACGAAUCUCUGUGCAGAGGAGAAGGAAUUAAAAUGACGAAUCGCAGAAGAGGUAGGCUGUUUUGCCGCUACCAUAAUAAUAACAAUCACCCACGCUUAAUUAUCGCCCCAAUGAAAGAAGAGGACGAGUGGGACAGUCCGCACAUUGUCCGUUACCAUGAGAUGCUGUCUGAUGCAGAAAUUGAAAAAAUUAAAGAGCUAGCCAAGCCCAGGUUAGCCAGAGCCACAGUUAGGAACUCAGUCACUGGGAUCCUAGAGACAGCGAACUAUAGAAUCAGUAAGAGUGCGUGGUUGGAUGAUGAUGAAGAUCCUGUUGUGAAUAGAGUCAAUCAACGAAUAGAGGACAUUACAGGCUUGGAAGUGGACACUGCGGAGUUUCUUCAGGUAGCGAAUUAUGGAGUUGGAGGACAGUACGAGCCACAUUUCGACUUCUCCAGACGCCCUUUCGACAGCAACCUUGCGACGCAGGGGAAUAGACUAGCUACGUUUCUAAAUUAUAAAGAGGAACAUGAUGCUUUCAAAGAAUUAGGCACUGGGAAUCGUCUUGCCACUUUUUUAAACUACAUGAGUGACGUUCCAGCAGGAGGAGCCACAGUAUUUCCUGACUUUGGUGCUGCCAUAUACCCAAAAAAGGGCACAGCAGUCUUUUGGUAUAACCUUUUUAGAAGUGGAGAAGGUGAUUAUAGAACGCGGCAUGCAGCCUGUCCAGUAUUAGUAGGAAGUAAAUGGGUUUCCAAUAAAUGGAUCCAUGAGAGAGGACAAGAGUUCAGGAGACCAUGCGGAUUGACAGAGGUGGAUUGAACUGACAGGCCAUGGUAUUAUCCCGAUUUGUAUUCCUCCCUUAUUUUAUCAGGACAGACAAACAGUCAGGAUUUGAUGUUUCUCCCCCUUCAAUCAGCUCCUGCAUUCCACUUCGAUCAGAUCACACAAUUUUCAUUCCAGUUGAUUCUUUUUCUUCGCUCCCCCACCUCCACCUCGCCCAAAAAAACUGGACCCAAUGAUUCUCAAUGAGAGGUGAAAAACACUGUUAUCUUCAAUUUGUCAGCCACUCCAUACAAGAAAAUCAUUCAACCCAUUUGGCAACAAGUAUUAGAUCUGAAUGCUUUGCUGUCCAGGAGAAGACAGCAAUCCUUUCCCUCUAGGAAAAGAAGUGGAUGAAAAAUGUCAGAGCAUUCAUUCAUCCUUCCAUCCUCUUACCUUAUGAAUUUCAGCAGAAGAAAAUGUGCGGUUUGGACCCAAGGCUCCUUCACUUGGAUACGGCUCCAUACUUCUCUUGUUUUCACACAUCAAAGGCACCCUUCUCUUGACCCAUCCCUACCUUUUUAAGAUGCUCAAAAUCUUCUUGAAACAGUCCACUUAAGAAGAGUAUUCACAUGAAAAUUGUUUGGCCAUCCUAGCUUAAGCUACCUAUUUACUGAAGAGAUUUUCAUUGUCACCUUUUUGUCUGUUAAUUUUUGUUUUGAGGAAUUCUUCAAUGGACUUCUAUUUUUCAGUUGAUGAAUACAAUUUUGUCAUCACAUUCUAAUCACCUUUUGCAAAAUUACAGAUGUUGAAAUCUCUUUUAAGCACCUAGUUAAUGCAAAUCUCUCCUAAAUUGCAACAAAACCGAAGUGCAAACAGAAAAUGUUCUACCAAUUUAGAUCACGUUUAGUGACUACCUUGAUUCUUUCCUAUGUGUUGCACUGUCAAUGAGUCCUGAUUCAUGGGUUAGUAAGUGGCAGCUUAAGAGGAAGACUCGUCACCACUUUCUAAGGCAAACUUGGAGGGAUAGCCAACAAAUGGAGCUUUGUCAGUGUUUCUCACAGUGAGAAUGAAAGUAAGAAAGUUAGACUGCGCUGUGCACAUGAAUCUGACCAAUUUGUUAGAAAACCAUGAACCAUUCCAACUUGAAAAUCAAUAUUUUUGAGAAGGCUCAUCAAAGAUUCAUGCUGAGAAAAUUAUACAAAUGUCUUCAAAAUCUAUUUUGAUAAUGUCGGAGAUAGCGAGAACUGCAGAUGCUGGAGUUGGAGACAACACCGUAUGGAGCUGGAGGAACACAGCAGGCCAGGCAGCAUUGGAGGAGCAGGAAAUUUGACCUGAACUGUCAACUUUCCUGCUCUUCUGAUGCUGCCCAGCCCAUUUUCGAAAUGUUCCUUUUGUCCCCUUGACCCAUCCUACCUGGAAACAUAUUUUCCCCCCAUCUACUUGGGCUCCUGAAACUCCCACAUCACUUUUGACCCAAGCAACAGGAUACUUGUCACGGUCUAUUCCUUACUGUAAAUACAAAUACAUUGAAUCUCUUACAUUUUGGCAGGGAAUGUAAGAAGCUUUCAUACUUAUUGGGAAAACAAAGUCCAAAUAAGAGAAAUGAGCAAAGGGAUCUAGGCAUCCAAGUAUAGAAUGUGGGCCAGAAGACGUGGGCUCAAAUCCCACUAUCACAACUUGUCUGAACAAGCUGAUUACAAAUAUUUCAAAUAUAGAAAGUAAUAAUAUUGAGUUAAUUAUAAACAGCAAAUAAAUCAAUGCUGUUCAUAUCCUCAGGGGUAAAAUUGAAAAGCAGUGGUCUUAUGACCUUUGGGCUAGAAGGUCUGGGUUCAAGUCUCAUCUGUACCAGAAAUGUGUCAUUACAGGAUGAUUAAAAUUGAAAAAUAGGGCAUCAAGUGAGAUGCUGGUGAUAAAGUUGAUUUGAACCACUGCAUUAAACCACAUUUCCUGGCUUCCAGAUCCCUAUGACCAGAAUGAUUGGAGUGCGAAACUGCCACACACAAGGAAUAGUUCAGGUAACUAGGUCAAAUAAGCACAUGAGGGAGAAGGAGGUAGUAGAAUACACUGAAGGUUAAGAUGAUGACAGUUGGGUGGAGCCCCUUAUUGACAAAAGGUCAGCAUUUAUUGUGAUCCCUGAAGAAGGUGUUGAAGGUCCUUGAUGCAAUGAAAACAACAGAUGCUCAGACAGCAUCCAUUGAGAGACAGCAAGCUAAUUUUUCGAGUCUAAUGACUCUGAUGACGUACAGAUUCUUACACCUGCAGUAACUUGCUUCUUGAUGUGAUGCCUGGCAUUCCACGUGGAUCAUUUUGUGCCCAGAAGAGAAAACAAGAUAGAUCUUGCCUUUGUAGACUCUCAACAAGAAGCAAUCUGGUGAUUCCUUUGGUAAAGAAGGACUUUAUCAGGACACAAUUUAAGAUUUAAAUAUUUUUUAAAGUUUUAACAAGUCCGUUAUCUCCCUACACUUUUGUAUGGCUUCACCUAUUUGAAAAUCAAGACACUUAUCCAUCUUGUGACAUUGAGUCUUGAAACAGAAUGUGUCAUCCUAGUGUAACUGAACUUAAAUCUGCAGAAACCAGUAGAUUGACUGUGGCCUGUAAUUUCUAUCCUUCAAGCACUGCAUACUUCACCUUGACUCCUCUGAAAACCCGAAAGAUCUUGAAAUGCGACUGUAAAUACUUUCCCUCAUCUGUCAUGUCAAUCAAAUAGACUGUUGGAAACCCGAAGAAACACAAGAUUACCUGUGUAAUUCUCUCUAUGUUGCUUUUUACCAAUUUCACUCCAAAGAUCGGGGAUGGGAAAGUUCUUCCCUUCCUCUGGGUUGUUGCAAUUGCAGAAUAUUGAUGAAUUUGAUUUAAUUUGCUGUUUUAACUUUCGUUUUUGUUGCGUAGAGUUUCUUUAAAUACAGAGUGGUUUUAUUAACUUUUAAAGAAAAAUCUUAAAUGUUAUUAAAUUUGUUUUGGUUUUUUUUGUAUGGAGCACAAGUAGCUCAAAGCUGUUGGAGGAAGUUGUGGUCCAACUGUUAUCUUUGUUAGGAUGAAUGAAUAAAAUAAGAAAAUCAGAUGA